AUGGAGGGCGACGGCGUGACCGAGGGCCAGGGCUUCGUGCAUGUUUUUGUGGCCUCAGAGGCCCCAGUGGGUAUGCAUGAAAAGGGCACACGCUAUUUGGAGCUGCAAUCGGUCAAGCGCUGGUCUCAGCAAAAUGCCUCAAUUGCCAUCAAGCUCUAUGAAGGGGCCGAGACCAAGGCAACCGUGGUCGAUUAUCCUUCCUUGGACCGGUUGACCCUCUUUCAUGAGCAAGCCGAGCCCCUGAUUACGGAUCGCAGCUUUCUGCAGAUCCUGGACACGAUGAAUGAUGGCGGGUUCAAGCUCAAGCGAACCGUCUCUGGUCAGUAUUGUGUCUGUGAGCUCGGCACGACACUGGAGCGAUUUGAGGUGCACCUCGUCACCCUGACUACAGGAGCCACGACCAAGGCCUGCCUCGCCGUGACCGGCACGGCGGCCCAGGCUGACGAGCUAGCCGCGGCCCUGGGUCAAUUCACCGGUAUCAAGCUGAUUCGAACCCAUGAGGCGCCCUGGUCCGUGGAUAGCUUGGUGCUUCGGGAGCUCAUGGUGGCUAUUUGUUUUGUGUGUUUUGUGUUUUAUGUUUUGUGUGUGUAUCACCCGUUUUUGCAUUUUUUUACUUCUCUCUCUCUCUCUCUCUCUCUCUCUCUCUCUCUCUCCCCCUCCUCUCCCUCCUCUCACACACGCGUUGGUCGGACUCUAACAUCGUGUGACGAUUGGUUGGGGAUUAAUCUACCUCCCAAGCACAUCAUGGUCGGAGCCGAGCUGAGCGCCAAGCGUGCGCGGCGUAUCGCUCGCCAUCAGCCCAUCUCAGACCACCACUCCCACAUGCAGCAGCAGCAGCAUCAUCAGCAUCAUCAUUCGGUCCUGAUCAUCUUCCUUAUUGCUAUCAUCAUGAUCCACCAACUCGCACAUGCGUGUGUGCCCGACAUCGGUUGGCCCUAUUUUCAUUUCACACACACAGACUUACCCACAUACGAUCAUCACCUUUGCUUUGCUUUGCUUGAUGAAACUGAACGCAUUCGCCGCGAGCGAUUGAACGAGCUCAUCGGCCUGCUGCACACCGAAUUGGCCCUGCCCGCUGCCACGACCAAAGUUGACGUUCUCACCAAAACCUUGAGCAUCGUCAAGGCGAGCCAUCAACACGCUUCAGAGCUUCAGCGUCUGCAGGCGGACAUUGCUGACUUGCGUCGCCAGCUGCAAGCCGCCCAUGCCCAACUCCAACAGCAACAGGACAGUCACACCUCCGUCAAAGGCCCCACCCAGCCUACACCAACACAAGCCAAGCAGUCACAGAAACGCAAAACUUCCAGUCCCCAGCUUGAUCUGCCACAAUCACCCAUCAACCGACUGCACAAUACCCACGCAACGCUGGUAUCAGAGCCAGACGACGAUCGAGGGAUGGUUCUUGAUCUUGAUUUGGCUGAUCAUACCUCCCAACUCGAGACCAACUUGGAGUCUUCUAUGGCCGAUACCACCAUCACGAGCGUGGAUGAUGGUGCGCCCACGAGCACCAGUAUGCUUGAAGACGUCGCCCCCUACGGCUUCACAUGGGCACUGGAGCCGACCGCGUCCAGUGGCUCGACCGUUUCAGCCACUUCGGACGCGCUUGUCGCUGCCUUUGCACAGCCUCAACACACAUCCCUGCACGAUAACAACCUGCACGUUGGAUGUGGCUCCAGUUCCAACUCGCCCCAUCACACCGCCUCGCUCGGCACCAACGCGCAUGCCUGGGAAGCCUGUGCCAGCAACACCCUCUCACCGACACAGGACGCACAACGCGAAAGCACGGGUAGCGGUUCUUUGGCAACCUCCCUCUCUACUCCUUUGACUACCAACGCCUCCUCUUUGACUUGCCUAGGUCAUAAAGCGCAGUUGGCACCGCUUGAUCUUCUUCAGCAACAUGGUCAUGUUGGGUAUGGGCUGAUGCUACCGGCUCCAGAACACGCAUCACUCAUGGCGCACGAACAGCAUUCCAGCAAGGGGCACCAGUGCAACACAGUCGCACCCCCUUCCUUUGGCAGCAACCUGGCUUGGGACCUUGUGGUUCCCAACUCAACACUGCAACAACAACAGCAGCCGCAGCCGCAGCAGGGGCACGAACUGGCAACGCAGCAGCCGCUCGAGGUCUUGAGCAGCGGCUUGACUGAUGACAUGCCUUGCAUGGCUGUUGACAUCAAGGGACGGUUGGUCAAGGACAUUCGUGUUUUAGAUCUCUAUGACAUGACGAUUGACUUUCACCUCAGCGCACUGGUGGGACGCAACCGAUCUCGCGGCCCACAGAUGCUCGAGGUCAAUGAUGAUAUGGUCAAGCUUCUGGACACGACCCGCGAAAAGCUCAUGAAUGGCAUGUGUGACGAGAAACACAUUUCAUCGGACGAUCGAAAGCUCUUUGAGCAGGGCUACAUGGAGUUGGUGUCACACCGCAAAAAGCUUAUGCGGGUCGUCUGCUGCAUCCGCGUGCGACCAGAUGGCACCGAGCAGUGGUGCUAUUGCGUCUCCCGUGUCGUACCUGGACGUGCCCUGCGCACGCGUCACUUUCCCGACCUCGAGUUGCCCAUUACUGAGACAGCGGCCAUCGAGGUCGACCGACCCAGUGAUGGUCAAAGCCUCUUUAUCUUGGAGUGAAAAUGACUCAUUUCUUGAAACCUUUUGGCUGAGCACCGCCUGUGGCCAGGUUUUCUAUCUACCAGAGCAUGUGAGUAACAAAUGCCAGACCCCACGACCCCAUUCGAGGAUUGCCGCGUAGUACAAUGUGCCGAUUUCUCCUUUGACCGCAAGUGGCCUGGUCAACUGUGAUAGCGUUGAGCCUUGCAGCAACUGCGGCAACUACUGAGUUUGUUUUGUGAUUAAAAUAAAGGAAAAUCCCCUUACCUUCCACUCUGGGAUGACAUGUCGAUCCAUGUCCGUGAGUGUCAGAGUGCGUGACUGUGUGUGUGCGCAGACAGACCGGUUCCCACGCUUAUUUUUUAUCCCUUGGACCGCGCGUGGUCUUAGUUUAUAUGUAACAGAGUCUUGUUGGCGUUCUGGCUUCAAAUCGAUUGUAUUCAGCCCUGGUUCCACUUGCAUGGCGCAAUGCGAAGCUGCUUCU